GAAUCAUCUAAGGUCAUCUGUUGAUAAUACUCUGUAGGCACGUUCAAAUUGCCCCAGAUUCAAACCAUACCACCGACAGUCCAUUAAUAAUCUCGGGAGGGUAGUGCAUAAUGGCCACCCUCGCAACGGUGCCGGAAUUGGUGAGAGACUCACGGCUAGAGACAAAACUCAUUGAGAUCGAACCUUUUCCUAGGUUAACCGUACACGAAAAACCCCACGAUAGGCGAUCGACACGUAAAGAGGCAUGGAUACGCAAAAAGCCACUUGGUCGAGGAGGGUACGGCAACAUAUGGCUAGAGCAAAGUGUCGAAGGAAGUCAUACACCCUACCAAUUUCGUGCAGUAAAGGAGUUAAAUAUCGUGAGCCAAAAGGGACGAACGAGUGACUAUCAACGUGAGCUGGAAGCUUUGGCAAAGUUCUCCCAAGAAAAGUUUGUGCGUUUCUUCGUUAAGUCUUUUGGCUGGUUUGAGGCCUCGGAUACGCUGUAUAUCGCAAUGGAGUAUCACGAAAAUGGCGACUUGAGGAAUUACCUUGCAAGACACGGGAAGUUACCGGAGAGCCAGGUUCAAGACAUCACAUGGCAAAUUGUCCAAGGAGUGCUCUUCAUGCAUGAGAAUGGUUUCGCACAUCGCGACUUAAAACCAGCAAACAUCCUCAUCAAUACCAUGCCCCCAAGCGAUGACUGGUGGGUGAAAAUUUGUGACCUUGGCCUUAGUAAGAGAAUCGAGGGGGAAGUCGAAUCUACGACUGCCAAAGGAACCCCUGGAUUCAUGCCCCCUGAACUUGUACCGGGGUUUGCUGCAGACGUUAGAAAUACAGACCCUUUCAAAGCCGACAUCUGGUGCUUAGGGGAAACUACCUUCUACAUGUUUACGUGUCAAACGACGUUUGGCAAUAGUCAGUUGAAAAUGUUUGAAUACUUGAGAGGGUCGUUGCAAUUCCCCUCCCAACCACUAGAAACAGUUGGGGCGAGCGAAAACGCGAUGGAUUUCUUAUGCCUCCUCAUGAAGGCAAGACCAUCAACUAGGCCUACUGCAGCACAAGCAAAUAAGCACCCAUGGCUGUUGGGAGUUUCAAAUAGCACCCCACUCCCACUACAGUCUAUGAAGGUCAGUUCCUCGACAAGUCUCCCCUGCGUGGAAGAUGCGGAUGAGCCAUCUGGAGAAUGGACAAUAACUGGCCCCGCUGAUGUCCCGUCGUCUUUUUCCCGAGUCUCUCAGUCAUCAUCGUGGGUGACAGCCCGACAGCCCGCUAGACUAGACGAGCAAGAUGAACCGGAAACUGCGAUACUGCACGAGCCCCGACUUUAUAGUAGCCCAAGCCCAGAACCCCAACCUGAUACCGAUGACGACGAGAGGGGUACCUUGGAAAACUACGAAUCACAGUUGUCGCAGCCCGGCUGCGUCAAGACAACCGAAUAUAUGCCAGGUUCAUCGCAAUCUAAUACGGAAGUAAUAGGAAAUAGUGAUGAGACUGCGAAUGUCGAUAUAAUUAUAGCUGCAAAUUUGCGAGCCGUAGCGGAUAUAAUUAGUGGUUUAAUUAUAGAAGGGGCAAUCACGUCGCCUGGUCGGGACGGGCGAUCGACAUCAUCACCACAAUCACCACCACCAGCACUACUACCACCGCCACCAGCACUAUCGCCCUUCUACUAUGGCCAACCACCGCCACCGACACCAUUGCCCGUCUACUACGGGCAGCCAGCACCGUAUGGAUAUCAUGAGCAAUCACAACGACUGGCCUUAGAAUACUAUCUUAGGAACAGAAAACAAGCUCGUGAGACGUGGCAUUAUAAUCCGGCAGCACGUUAACUUACAGAAUACGGCAGUGAGCCGUAAGGGCGUCAGGCGUAAAGGGACGCUUGGUACGAGAUAUAAUGGCUUCCUCCUUUAGAACGGUCUUUUUUUAAAUUUUUCAUGUAAUCGUAUUUCAAGUAUCGUAUUUUAACCGCCCCCUCGUAACUUAUGCAUUCAAAAGUCAGGGGCUUUAUAACCGAGAUUUGUCAAUGCGACCGCGACCCUUCGAGCCUGAGUAAAAUGUGGCGAAACACUAUAUUCUAGGGGACAAACGGUGUUAGAAA